AUGACGAUCGUAGACAUCCUCCAGGUCGAAGAAGGGAGCAAAGCUGCGGCCGUGGACAAACUGCUGGCCGGAGACGAGAUCGUGGGUAUCAACGACAUCGGCCUGUCUGGGUUUAGGCAGGAGGCCAUCUGCCUGGUGAAGGGGUCGCAUAAGACUCUGAAGCUGGUGGUGAAAAGGAGGAAUGAGCUGAGCUGGAGGCCACACUCCUGGCACGCCACCAAGUUCUCCGACAGCCACUCCGAGGCAGCUGCGCCUCUGUUCCCUUCUCGGCCGAGCCGGUGCCACGCCAGGUGGGCGCACCUUCUGCCUUCUUCCCCCUCUCCUCCGGGGGCUGGGGAGCUGCUUUCUCUUUCUGCCAUACCGCUGACAGCCCUGUCCUGUCCUCACCACGCGUUUCUUUCUUUUCCUUCGUGUUGCAGUGCAGCUCAUUUACCGUAGUCUUCAUUUCAGCUAUGCAGCCUAAUGAGUCCCAAUUUUUCAAGAUGCUACUCCCGUCUAACAGCUGGGGUGAGGAUCCGCCUUGCAAUGCAGGAGACCCCAGUUCAAUUCCUGGGUCCGGAAGAUCCCCUGGG